CAGCUUGGGCUCAUUGCUUCCAUUUUAAGAGAAAAGGUAGGGAUUUUCAGCUUUUCCGUUAAUCGUAUUUAUCCAUUGGAGGCCUCGUCAAAGAGAUGGCUAAUCCGUUCCGCUGGUGCCUCGUAUCGCAAAACUGUGUGCUGCAGAUAAACGUGGUCCUGGUGGUGGUAGGGCUGAUCAUCCUGCUAGACGUGUUCAGCCACCUCUAUGUAAAGACGGUAAUGUUUUCUGGUCUGCACGUCUACCCAACAGCCAUGCGCACGUGGCUCUUCUGGGUGCGCCUUAUGACAAUCGCUUCCUACGUUCUGACCGCAACCCUGGGAAUACGAAUAACCCGGCAUCCGACCGUCUUUAAGUUCGCUGGCUACAUGUUGGUUGGCUGCGUGGUGUUGCUGUACACAUUUACCAUCGCGGUGACGCGCUUCAUGUAUCGCCGCAGGUUCGAAUUCUUCGUCCAGUUGAUGGUCAGCCAGAUGUGGAUAAAAGAUUGUCUGGGUAAGAUCGAGGUGGAGCUCGGAUGUUGCGGUAGGACCAGCGCGGCCGACUACCAGAAGUGCUCGACCAACCGCACCUGGGCCAGUAGCUCCUGUUGCGGGGAGCACAAUUGUCCAGGAUGCACAUCGAAGCUUACCGAGUACUUGUGGACUAUCGAGAUGGACGUGGCGCGGGACAACAUAAUCGUGUCCUUGUUCUUGUUCGUGGCGUUGAGUUUAAUGGCAGCACACUAUUGUCGCGUGCAGAUUCAAGAGGACUCUUACAAUUCACAGGACUCUGAGGAGACCUCUUAAAUGCGCAGAAGCGACACGACAAAACAUACAGGCUCAUCUGGCCGUGACAGCGAAUAGGACUUAGUUUAAUUUAACGGCCUUUAUCCGCUCUAAUCAAUUUGCCUUUAAUUUAAAAUUAAUACAUACGGCUAUGUUAUGUUUGACAGACAUCUUUUUGCAACUCAUUAAGAUGGAAGCCAGCGGAGCGCCCACAUCUUCCCCAAAGCAAGCUUCCACUGAAAUUCUUUCAAGCCAAAUUCAUAAAUACUCUAUAAAAACUCAAAUUUGAUUUUCCCUCAUGAUGUCCGAAAAUGAAUCAGCAGUAAGUAUCGAUG